UCAAGCAAUUGAUACCAUAAAACCCUCUCUCUCUUCUCAAUUUUUGAACCUUGGAAAUGACUUCAUAUGAUCAAGAAAAACCAAUAGCCACUGGUGUUCCGGUCCAUGCUCCCAUGGUCCCUUGGUCUACUGGUCUUUGCGGUUGUUUUGAUGAUGGCAGCAAUUGUUGCUUGACAUGUUGGUGCCCAUGCAUUACGUUUGGUCAGACAUCUGAGAUCAUUGACAGAGGAUCCUCAUCUUGUGGAGCGAAUGGGGCACUUUAUGCGCUAAUAGGAGUUUUCACAGGUUGUUCUUAUUCAUGCAUGUACCGCACCAAAUUCAGACAAUUGUACAACUUAGAGGGAAGUAGUUGUAAUGAUUGUCUAACUCAUUUUUGCUGCACACCUUGUGCUUUAUGCCAAGAAUAUAGAGAACUCAAGAACAAGGGUUUUGACGUGCCAUUAGGAUGGCAUGGGAACAUGGAAAGGGGCACAGGGGUUGUGGCGACUGCUCCACCUUCCGCGUAUGGAACUAUGAACAGAUAAUCAUAAUCAUGGAUUGUAAAAACACAAAAGUUUGUGUAAAAAAUCCGUGAUGAAAAUUGGGUUUUUCUGGUGCCCGCGGUACUAUUGAGGGCAACUGUUUGUUUAUUCGGAAAAUGGGUCAUUUGUCCAAAUAUUUUUAAAUCACGGUUCAAAUGGACGAGUAAAAAUUAAAUUGGGUGAAAUGGCCAAAAAAAAUAGUAAGGAUGAAACUGAUUUCAUCCUAGCUUAAAUUUAAAAAAUAGCAAGGAUGAAACUGGAUACAUCCUGUGUAAAUUAAAAAUAAGAAAAACUACUUGAAAAUGGGCACGAUGAAACUGAUUACAUCCUGCCUAUUUUUACAUUUUUUUCCAUUUAAACAAGGGUGAAAUACAGAUGUACCCCUGUUUUUUUGGGCGCAUACAGAUGUACCCCCGUUUUUUUCACAUUUACAAAUGUACUCCUGUUUUGACCGUUUUUUUGAAAAAACGGCUAACGGAAAGUUAACCUCCAUGUCAGCAGUUAAAUCAUCUAACUCACUUGUCAAGUCAAGUAAGCUGUGUACACUGUCCAACUCGUCUAUUCUUCCACGUAAGUUGUAUACACGUGGCUGGUCCCACACUUAAACAGUCAAAAAAAAUUCUCUUCUAUAUAUAUACAUCUUCUCUUACUGGACACUAACCAUCUUUCUCUCCUAUAUAUCUCUACUUUCUCUACUUUUUGGUGACUGUUUCAGAUCUAAAACGGGUGAAAUCAGCAGCAAAAUCAUGUGUUUCAUGUGUGACAUUGAAGAUGAUCAUGAAACCAAAGGUUGUCCUUGGGUUUAUUCAAGGUGCAAACAUGUACCUUGUAAUGGUGUGAGGGCUCUAUUGAGAUCUAAAACACUGUGAAGCAUUCAGAUGGGCUUCAGAUG